ACGGUGGCAACAUGUGGUGGAAACUACCCCUUGUGAUCUGCGCGGUGGCAGUAUUCAACAUCGGCUCAAAUGCCGAUCCAACAUCCGUAUUGAGCGAUGAGCCACGACACCGACAGAAAAGGAACUUGUUGCAGUUUGGGAGAAUGACAUGGAAGGUAACCGGGCGCUUUCCCCUGGACUACAACAACUACGGCUGCUACUGUGGGUGGGGCGGGGCAGGAAUACCUGUGGACGGCAUUGACAUAUGCUGCAGAGACCAUGACGCAUGUUAUCGUAGAGUGAAGUGGCCCAAGUGGGCCACAUACAAGUAUGCUGCUGCCGCUGGAACCGUGACGUGUUUUGAUCCACCCGGAUCCAACAAACGUGCAGUGUGCGAUUGUGACCGGACGGCUGUUCUGUGCUUCAACGCAAACGUGUACACACCGGCAAAGCCACCCUGCCCUCCACCUCCACCUCCACCACCACCACCUCCACCUGGUGAGGAGGAACCAACUAGUUAUGAGGAACCAACUGAAGAGCCAACGACCAUCGACCAGUGUCCUGUGGAUCUCAUGUUCCUGAUUGACGGAUCCUAUAGUAUCGGUCGGGAGGGAUUUGAGAAGGCUAGAGACUACAUCUCAUACAUCGUAGGAUGCUUCAGCGAAGACACCGAUAUCAAUGUCGGUGUUAUCCAGUAUAAAUGCUUACCAAAUGUCGACAUACCACUGGGCAGUUACACGGACAUCCCGGGUCUCCAGAACGCCAUUCUCAGCGACGUGGAAUUUAGUGGUGGUCAAGGCAAAACCGGAGCAGCCAUCAACCACAUGACAUGUGCGACACAGUUCCGCGAACAAGUUCGAAAGGUUGCUGUUGUGGCCACAGAUGGAAGCAAGCGAGCUAAAGAAAUUGCAUAUGACAGUGAAGAGUCGGUUGAGUAUGCUAAAAAGGCAAGAGACGCCGGCUUUGAACAUCGCUACUGGAAGGGAUCUCUUCAUCAACGAGACUGCACUUGCCAUCAUUAGUGAUGAUCCCUCGCGAGUUGUUAAUCUAGACCUGGACUAUCCAUGUGAUGUUGCUGCCAUGAUCGAACAAUGUGCGCCAUGACAUCACUUUCCAGCUCUUGGAACUUAUUGGCACCAUGAUGAAGAAUCGCCAGCAUAGUUUAAGAAUUCAUGGCAAAUUAUCUAAAAUCACUUGGUUUAAGUUUAUUUUACGAAGUAUAUUUGCACCUUUAAGCAUCAUUUCCUGUCUAUUUUAAUUCUGUAUUUCUAAUAAUAGCACGGUUAUAUUGAUCGAAAUACACAAUGUACUUAGUCUUUUUGCACCUGUAAUACGCAUGAUACCUGCCAUACGUGGUCGUAUGAUGAUACAGAAAACAGUU